AUGAUUCUUUAACAAUGUAGUUCAAGAGAAGGAUUUGAUUCCUCUAAUGAUAUUGAUCAAUAUCAUUUAGAAAACUAUUAAUAAAAAUCUAAAACUUCCUAAAAUAAUGAAGAAUACAAUCAAGCUUUUGAAAAAAAACUCACAAUUUCUAAAUCCAUUAAAAAAUGUCAAAUUUUAAACUUAGAUGUUCCAAAAGCCUUUGUUAAUAAUAAAACUAUUUAUUUGAGUUAACCCUUAUAAAACACUAAAUAAAUUCAUAUGUUAAUUCAAAAUAAUCAUGAAUUAUUAUAGGAUUCACAAACUUUAACUCCUUUGAAAUGCAGACCUUUUGUAGGUAUGAUAAAAUCAGGUUUAAAAUUCGAUUCUAAUUUUGAAUCUGGUAAUCUAGAUCGAGUAGAUUAUGUAAUUUAUUCAUUUAUUUGUUUAGAUUUCAAACUGUGAAUAUAAUUUAUAUAUGAGAAUAGACACUAAUUCUUUAGGUCAUAGCAAUUGGUUUUAUUUCAAAAUAACUUAAAAUGAAUAAACAAAAAUUAAAUUUAAUAUCUGUAAUUUCACUAAACCAUAAAGUUUAUAUACAAAAGGUAUGAAACCAUAUGUUUUAUCAAAAAAGAGUAAAAGCAAAUAUUUUAGUUAGUAAGGUGAUAAUAUAAAAUAUUAAUAAUAAGGAUAAUACUUUAUUCUUUCAUUUACAUAUAUAUUCGAAUAUGAAAAUGAUGAAGUCUCUUUUGCAACCUUGCCACCUUAUACUUACACAUAAUUAAUGAACAAGAUUAAAAAAUGGAGUAAAUAAUCAAAAUAACAUUUCUCAAAAUUAAAAAUAGCUAAUACUUUAUCUGGAUUUGUGUUACCAUUGAUAAUAAUAACAGAUAAAACUAUAGAUAAAAAUAAGAAGAUUAUAAUUUUAACUGCAAGAGUUCAUCCAUCUGAAACUUGCAGUUCUUUUAUGAUUUAAGGUUUCAUUUAAUUUUUAUUAGGAGAAUCUUUUAUGGCAUAAUAUCUUAGAAAAAAGUAUUUCAUUAAUUAAAAAUUAAUAGUAUAAUAUUUAAGAUAAUUCCAAUGUUGAAUCCAGAUGGAGUUAUAGUAGGAAAUUAUAGAAAUGGUUUAAGUGGAGUAGAUUUAAAUAGAUAAUUUUAAGAGAUAGAUUUAACAUUAUUACCAGAAGUUAAAGCUUUAAAAUGUUUAAUAGAUGAUAAUAAAUAAAAAUUGAUUGGUUAUUUUGAUUUUCAUGGUCAUUAAUUAAGAUAGAAUAUUUUUUUAUAUGGUCCAGCCAUAAAUAAUGAAACAAAGAUAAUUCCAUUAAUUUUAUAAUAAAGAUUGGAUUCAUUUAGAUAUAAAUCAUGUGAAUUUGGGAUACCAAAAUUUAAGAUGGGAACAGCAAGAGCUUUUGCAAAUUAAUUUAUAGAAUCAAUAUGUUAUACAAUAGAGGCAUCUUUUUGUGGUUAUUAAAAAGGAAAGAAUAUUAGAUUCAUAAGUAAUGAUUGGAUUGAAAGUGGAUUCUGUAUAGGUGAAACAUUGUAUCUGUAUUUGAAUAUGAAGCAAUAACAUUAAAAAUAACUAAGUAAAACAUUGGAUAUGAAACAUAGAAUAAAAUUAAUUGUUAAAAACAAUAAAUGAAAUGUCACUUAAAGUAGAAUAAACAGAAGUAAAACAUGAUUCUGAUGAUGAAAUUAAUAGUUAAUCAGAUGCAGAAAUAUUCGAAGAUUAUGAUAAAGGUAAAUUAGAUGAACUUUAAUAUUAAAUGAAAAAAGAAUUGAGCAAUUAAAAUUUAUUUGAAUAAGAUGAUAAAAUGUUAAAACAUAUGAAAGUUUAAAGUGUUUCAAGAAAAAUAAAAGCAACACCGUUAUAGUUAUUAUUAAAAAAGUAGUUAAUAUUAUUAAUUAGAGAUUAGCCUCGUCCAUCAUUGUAUCCUGAUCUAAGUAUAUUAAAUUGGGAAUUUAGAUCAAAAAAUGGAAAUAGUACAGAAAGUAAGAAUCUGAUUUAGAAAAGAGGAAAAGGCAAUAGCAGAUUAUUAUAAUCAUUUAGAUUUGAAACUAAAAAGAGAACUAGUUCAAAUUAAGAUGGAUCUUCAUUUAAUUAAACAAUUUAAUAAAUCAAUAUAACAUAAAUAAUACCAAAGAAAACAAUAUAUAAUUUUCCUAUUUUAGAUAAUUUACAAUAAAAUGUUGGAGUACCUCUACCAUUCAUUAGAAAACUACUAAGAGGAAAUAAUAAAAAACUAUCAGAAUGA